CUUCACAAAAUCUAAAACCCUAAACCCUCUAACCCCUCAAAAUUUAGAAACCACCACAACCACCACCCUUACAAACACGAAACCGGCAACUAUGAAACAUAAAAAACCUGAACCCGAACCUGAAACCCAAUUGAAAAACGACACAGAAAUCUGCCAACAACUACUCUCCCGAUACUCCGCCUCUACAGCACCACAGCACCGCCACCUCUUGGCAACUGCCGCCGCACUCCGUUCCAUUCUUACCGCCGAAUCACUUCCUUUAACUCCCUCAGCUUACUUCGCUGCCGCAAUCAACAAUCUCUCCGAUUCGAAAACUCUAGAUUCCACGGCAAUUGCGGCGUUACUUUCGUUUGUUUCGAUUGUGGUGCCCUUGAUUGAAGAGAAGGGGAUUAAGGAUGCGAAGGUGAAGGAGGCGGUGGCGGUGUUAGUGGAAGUUGCGGUGGAGAGAGAAGGAGUGGGAGUGGGGAGUUUGGGCUGUGUAGUGAAGUGCUUGGGUGUUAUGAUUUUAGGGUUUUGUGAUUUGGAGAAGUGGGAUUCUGUGAAAGCAGGGUUUGAAAGUUUGAUUAAAUUCUCCGUUGAUAAGAGACCAAAGGUGAGGAGGAGUGCACAUGAAUGUCUUGAGAAGGUUUUCAAGUCUUUUAGAUCUUCUUCUGUUGUUAAGGAAGCUAGCAAAUUGGUCUUUUCGUUGUUCAAAAAUUACAUGCCUGUAGCACUUACAUUGAGUGAGUCAAGGAUUUUUGAUGAAUCUAAAGAAGAAACAUUAUCAAAGCUGGAACAUCUAGAGGUCAUUCAUAUGCUAAAUCUUCUGAAGGUUACGGUUCCAUAUCUCUCGGUUAAAAUCAGUUCAAAAGUUUUGCCAGAACUAGUUAAGCUUUUGAGGUCUGAUUUCUCAGUGCUGACGAGGCAGAUUUUUCAAAAUAUUGAAGCAUUUUUUGUGAGUUCAAGUGAUGAAGUGAUUGGUCCGCAGCAGGAGAACAUUAUAGACUCUCUUUCUGGGUAUUUAUCUCUGGGACAGAAGAAUCCUGUGGACACUGUAUUGUCUGCCGCCACCCUGCUAAGAACUAUUUUAAAUAAACUUGGAGCCGGAGGAUCAAGCUCUUGGACGAGUAAUGGGCAUAAAAUUUUUGGUUCUACAGCAGGUCUUUUGACUGAUGAGGCUACUGCAUCACAAGCUUCAGAUAUAAUGAAGGAGUUGAUCAACCACUAUAUAGAUCCAAAAGAAGUCGUGAUUAAUGAAAGUCAAUCACUUGAUGAUUCAAGUCAAGAGAGUGAAGAAGCAAAUAUGAUAAAAUCAACGUGCGCUGUCUUGGAGAAUAUUCUGAAUUCAUGUGAUGGAAUUCCUAACGAACACCUUUUGGGAGUCAUAUCUGUUUUGUUCAAGAAGCUUGGAGAUGUAUCGCAUAUCUUCAUGAAGAACAUCAUACUUAAGCUUGCAGACUUGAUGAAUGAUGUUGGUCGUGAUAAACCAGACACAAAUCAUCUUCAAAAUUGCAUGGGAUCUGCAGUGGUUGCCAUUGGUCCGGAGAAGAUGCUUAUGCUCCUACCUAUCUCUAUCGAUCUUGACAAUUUUACAUGUUCAAAUAUCUGGUUGGUACCCAUAUUGAAAGACCAUGUUGUUGGAGCUUCGCUAGGGUAUUAUAUGGAGCACAUCGUGCCUCUUGCAAAAUCCUUUAAGCAAGCUGGUCAGAAAGUUAGAAAAUCUGUAAUUGGUCAAGAUCUGCAGGCUCAUGCUCAUGGCCUCUGGGGACUGCUUCCUGCCUUUUGUCGCUAUCCUGUUGAUACUCACAAAAAGUUUGGAGCUUUGGCUGAACUUAUGAUUACUUCUCUUAAGAAGUACUCCUUCAUGCAUCAGAAUAUUGCUGUUGCCUUACAGGUUCUUGUGAAUCAAAACAGAAGUGUGAUGUUGUCUAAAUGUGAUGGUGGUGCCUCAAAUGACAAUGCAGUAAAAGAUUCUGUUUUAGAGUGCCAAAAUGUAGCCACUUAUUCCAAAAAAACUGCAACCAAAAACAUCAAAGCUCUGGCAUCAUGUUCUUCAAAGUUGCUUCAUGCUCUAGCUGACUUAUUUGUUGAUUCACAGUCGGGGAAGCCCUCAUAUAUAAAGGAUGCUAUUGCAUGCUUGGCUUCUAUCAGCAAUUCUUCUGUCACCCAGAAAGUUUUCAUGUCACUGCUUAAGAGGUUUCGGUUUGUAACUGGUGAAGGUGAGUUUCAACAGCCCAAGAGUGACGGUGAUGAAUUGAUUGAGGAAGAAGCACGCAGCUUGAAUGUACAAGAGAAAGAUGUACAUAGGUGUGUGAUGAUGGAGCUUGCAUCUUCUCUCGUUGUUGGAGCCAAAACAGAUUUCAUUGAUCUGAUAUAUAACUUUGUUGUCUUCAUCUUUCAGGCUACUGAUGUAACUGGUCAUUGUGAAGCAUACCACACCCUGAGCAGAAUUUUACAGGAACACACAUGGUUUUGUUCUUCUCGGUUUGUGGAGCUGAUUGACUUAUUACUUGGCCUGAAAUCUCCUGAUGAUGUUGCAACUCUUAAAAAUCGAUUUGCUUGUUUCCAUAUCCUCAUAGUUCAUGCAUUAGAGAUGAACUCAGAGGAGAAAAAUACAAAGGCUUUUCUUAUGCUCAAUGAGAUCAUAGUCAUCUUGAAGGAUGCAAGGGAAGAAGCUAGGAAAGUGGCUUACGAUACACUCCUUUUUAUAAGUUCCUCCUUGCGCAACUCAUCUUGUGCCACUUCCAGAGAAGCUUAUCAAAGACUGAUCAGCAUGAUAACAGGCUAUCUCUCUGGUUCGUCUCCCUACAUAACAAGUGGAGCAGUAUCUGCACUGUCUGUACUAGUAUAUAAUGAUACAGAAAUCUGUCUUAAAGUGCCCGAUCUUGUUCCCUCUCUCUUAUCAUUGCUGCAAAACAAAGCUCUGGAAGUCAUAAAAGCUGUUUUGGGCUUCACAAAAGUAUUAGUAUCUUGCUUGCAAGCAAAAGACCUGCAGAAUUUCCUAUCUGACAUCAUCAUUGGAGUUCUUCCCUGGUCAUCUGUCUCUAGAAACCAUUUCAGAUCAAAGGUUACAGUCAUACUGGAGAUUAUGAUACGGAAGUGUGGUUCUUCUGCAGUUGAGUUAGAUAUCCCAGAGAAACAUAAGAGUUUUUUCAAGACUGUUUUGCAGAAUCGCCAUCAUAAGUCAACUUCCAAGGAAGCUGGCACAAAUGAUACAGAAAAAACGCCUGCAGAUAUAUCACCUAAGAGGGUGGAGAAGCCAAAGAACAAGGAAUCGGGUUCUGUUCCUGAGAGAACUGGUUCAGUGCAUCCUGGGAAGAGAAAGAGGGAGAAGAAACACAAUGAGAACCCUCCCACCUCAAGCAAGCCUGGUAUAUCAACUGGUGAUGGUAGCGGACGUGAAGGGGCUAAAAGAGCUAGGCACUUUGAGCAUGAAAAAUCAAUCAAGGUUCGGUCAGAGGAUGGUUGGAAGAAGAGGAAUUUUAACAAAGAGCAAACUGGUGAUGGGAAAAGAAAGAUGGAGCAUAGGAACACGAACAAGAAAGGCAAAGCGUCAUUUCGUGGACCUAGUUCUGCUUCAAAAUUACACAAACCCCAGAAAGCAUGGAAGAAACAGAAACUCAACAACUGAGCGGCACCCGAUUCCAUUUACACAAACUAGUGAAACUUGCGAGGCAACAGAAAAUCAGCCUCUGUUGAUGCCCAUGGAGUCCGAACCACCCAUGCUUCUUGCACUGAAUAGAUAUUGACAGUUAUCGAAGUUCCUCCUUGGGCUGCUACUUAGCUAGCGAUAGUCAUUUAUCGAGAGGUGGCUAUUGGCAAGCCAUAUCAUUGUCCAAGGUUCGGUCUUUUUAGCUGAACCAUGGACGUAAAACUUAUAUAGCUACUGUGCGUCCAAUAUACAAGCAAGAUGGGUCGGAUCCUUGAAUUCUGCCGAUAAAGGAGCUUUUGUAACUUAUUUCCUUUGAAGGCAUAGAAAAGAGCAGGUACUGUUGGAAAACACCCAACGCUUUUGCCCUUUGGUUUUAUUUUGUAUUUGUUACACACCAGUCAUCACAGUGACAGCCAUUUGGAUGGAGAUGGAGUGCCUAUUUACAAAUUUUGAUGUAUAUCAUAUUCUCUUUUGCUAAUAACGUGUUAAAACACCAUUUUGUUCACAUUCAAA